AUGUGGACGAAAAGUAUCUUCCCGAAUUGCCGUGGGAGUGGUGUAAAAAAAAAAAGGUUUAGUACAAAUUUCACCCAGAAAUGCACAUUACUGAAACCCAUGCAUAUGUUGCUUAUAGUCCUGUUAUCCUUUCUGUUACAAAGUAAUGCGCAGCCACCCGGGGAGUCCUCUCCUUCAUCCUGCCCUGUAAAACAGGAGAUACCAAUUAUUAGUAAGAAAGAUACGGAUACUGGUGAACCCUCCAAAAGAACUAAUCAGAACAAUGAAGGCCAUAACGAACUGAAAAAACCUGAACAUGUAAAUCUUUAUGAAGGUUCAAGGGAUGAUAAUAGAAGGGGGAACAUAAAUAAUAUGAUGAAGAGUGCAGGAUGUAGUGAGAAAAAGAAAGAAAAGCUAAUGAGUGAAAAGGAACGGAAAUUAGAGGAAAAAGUUAAGGGAAUAUUAAUGAAGGAAACUGAAGAGCUGUUAAAAGAUGUAGAAAAAUGCGAACCAGAUUUGAAGGAAAAGAUAGAAGAGAUCAGGGAUACGUUGAAUUCCUUACAAUUUUCCUCCACACCAGGAGUACCCAAUAGUGCGCAGCAACCCAGUGAAUCGGCUCAACCACCCCCCAAACGAGGGGAAGGUGCAGCACCAUGUUCGAUCACUGUCUCAAAUGAAAGAUCAGAACUUGCCCAAACCACCACCCCAUCAACUGAAUCUCAUCUAGUAGGAACUCCACCAUGCCCCCCUCAUGAAAAUGGAUCAGGACAAGGGACAGAUGGUGAAGACGUGCCUGUUAAGUUAAAGGAAUUGAUAAGCAAAUGGAAAGAGUACAUGGAUGAAUCAGGAAAUUUUGUAGGAAAUUGUGACAAUAUGAAGAAUAUGUUCGAGGAAUUUAUGGAAUACAUGGAGGGCGAGGAUGAAGAAUUAAGUGCGAUAUCUACGGAAACAAAAUCAAAGGGACGGGGAGUAAAGGAAGAAUAUGCAACUAUGUGCAAAUGCUUAGUACAGGCAUCACAGAAUACAUGUAAGGAAAAAAGUAAGGACAAGAAUGAACAAGUAGAAAAGGAGAAUGACAGAGUGUUAAGACCAUUUAAGCAGUGUAUCAUGAUGAACGUGUCCACAAAGAAUACCUUCGAUGGACAACGUGAGAAAAAAAAAGAUGUUGAGUACGUCUUUAAAGCAAAGAAUAAUGCAGUAAGAGAAAUAUAUGGGGGAAGGAAAUAUGAGUACACUAUAGAAGAUUGGAGAAAUAUUCAAAUGAAAUGGAAGGAAAUGGAGAUGGAAAUAAAUAAUUGGUUAAAGGAGAAUAAAAAUAUUAUUAGUAAGACGAAUGAUAUAAAGUCCAAAGUAAGGAGUAAAGCAAAGAAUAAGGAGGAUAAUAAAGUACAGAUAAAGUGGAAUUUGAAGGAGAUUAAGAAACAGAUGCUGGAGCUUAAUUGGGAUAAAAUAAGAAAAAUGGCAGAGAAGAUAUCGAAAAAAGUAGAGGCACAAAUUAUAAGGUUCAUUAUUCUUGCGUAUAAAUUUUAUAAAUCUAAGCAAGGUAAAAGUCCUCAGGGACAAAUAGAAACUACUGAUGAAAAGAAAAUUAAUAGAUAUAAGAUUACUGUUGAAAUUACUAUGAAUCCCAAUCUACAAAGUGAGAAUAAUAACCAAGAUAACCACACUGAACCACAAACAGAAACCUCUGUAGUUCUCUCUUCCCCUGCCACUCCAAUUCCUGGAGCUAAAACAGGUACUGGCAAUCUUCCUGGUAAUAGUGUUCACGGUGGUCCCCCUGUUAUUCGUGGUAGUCCCACAGAACAAAAUGGUGAUGCUGUCUCAAGUGUUGGUGGAGCUGGAAAGAAGGAUUCUAAAAUUGCUGGUUCCGACAGUGGUAACAGUGCCCCUGGACAGGAUGGUCCAGUCAUUCAAAAACUGGUCAUAGAAUUCUCUGGCCCCAGUAGAGGUACUCAAGACGUUACUGAGUCUGUCUUCGUGGAUGACUGUUAUGAGAACCCUGCUCCUUCCACUUCUACCAAACAAAAAGAUAUUGACUAUAUCGUCGUGGAUGACUGUUAUGAGAACCCUGCUCCUUCUCUUCCUACCAAAAAGCCUGCACAUGGAGCCGCUCACAGAAGGAGGCGGAAGAAUAGACAAUUACUCAAACUGUAUAAUGACACCAUAGACCAAGUCGAGAGGAUCAUACUAUAUAAGCCCUUCAUUAUCUUCAUACAACUGCUCUGGAUCGCAGUGACAAUUCUAAUUAUAAUAUUCCCAGAGGGAUAUAGGCCGAUCCUAAACCCUAACCCGAAACCUCUAAACCCUGAACCCUACACCCUAAACCCUAAACCUCUAGAUCCUAAAUCCUGA